GAAUAAUCUCGGCGAUCAAACCGUAGAAGAAGUGGAAAUCGGAAACCGAGCCCGUCUCGAAUCUCGGCACCACAAUUAUAAUCUCACAUCUUGGGAGAGAUUUUCUAAUUAAAACUGAGAUUCAAUCUGCAAUCUGCAGGGAAGGAUCAGCUAGCCGACCAUGGCGGACCCAACCAUGGGAGAGGGAGACUCGUGUGAUGAUAAUAAGGAGGAUUUGCACGCUUUGCCAGAGGAGCCAGAGCAACCCCAUCCUCCUUAUUCUCGAGCCGCUUCCAAGGGGAGGUAUGCAAGGAGUCGAGCAGGUUGUGCUUCCAAGGAAAGGAGUACACAAUGCAUUCGGAGUCGAGCCGGGUUGGCUUCCAAGGAGAGGAGCACCCCAGAAGGUGUCAACAUGGAGGAACAUGGAUUUAGGUUUCGGUUCACUUUCCCUCAACCCGACUAUGGGGAGUACGGCGCCGAUUUCGGUGAGGAAGAGGAGUGUUUACCGAGGCAGAGGAAACCUCCGGAGGUAAGGAACGCACUCCGUGAGAAGAGAGUCGCGUUUCGGCAAAAAACUGGGCGGCACCAUACAAAGGUAGCCUUGCGUAAGUACAACAGAGCAAACAACACCAAGUUUGAGCUGGUGGAGGUGCCAGUGAUCCGUGAGUUUUGGGAGUUUGGAGGGGGCUGCAUCCAUUACAACUUCACGGCUAAGCAAGCAGAGGAUCAUCGUCAUUCUGCUGAUGCUGACAGCACCAAGCUCUUCUUCUCUGAGGUCAACUCCGCUUUCCAUGGCGAGAAGGAUGUGGUCCUGUGCUGUAUCGUUGGAGAACAUGAUAAUGGGCAUUGCUACGGCUGCGAAGGCUUCAAGCCAACCGUUGUUCACCCUAGCAGCCAAGCAUAUGGCGGUGGAAGUAGUACUUGCAUUGAUUUUGCUGGUUCAGACGGAAGCUCGGAGAGUGAUUAA